AGUUGUCCGAAUCUGAGCGAUUUGGAAUUGCAUGACUGUGUGACGGUGGAUACCACCCAUUUAGCUGUAGCGGCGCAUUCGCAUUUUCACAAUUCAAACGUUUCGCUUGGAAAUGAUGGUCGACUAAAAGUGAUUGUUAAAACACGAGAGCGUAAACGACGACGUGAUUCGUUGAAUCGUUUGUUGCGUUGUUGUACGGAAAUCGAAAAUACACAGAACACAACGGUGAUCAACAUCCAUAAAACGUGUCGCCAGCCGAAAAAAGGGAGCAUAGGGCGAAGAUGA